CUUGAUUCCACACACCUGUCGACAAUUUAAAAUAUCCCAACAUCGAUCUUCUACAAAUUCUAUAAAAUCGUCACAAAACAUACAUAUUCAUAUAUCCAAGAAAAAGAUUAGCAAAAAAACAAGGAGAAAACUAUCAGGAAAGUUGAAAUAAUAAUUUUUAAUCGAGGUGCAAAAAAAAUGGCAAAUGCAAGUGAUGAGUUUAGGCUAGCAUCAUCUGGCAUAGACCAUGAAGGCAGGCUGCCACGAAAAUACACAAGUGAAGGUCAAGGUGCAAAAAGUGGAAUAUCACCACCCUUGGAAUGGUAUAAUGUCCCAAAUGAGGCUAAAACAUUAGCACUAGUGGUGGAAGAUAUAGAUGAAACGGAACCAAAUAGCUCGCUUGUUCCAUGGACCUUGUGGGUGGUGAUCAGUAUACCACCGAACUUGAAAGGACUACCUGAGGGGUUUUCAGGCAAAGAGGACAAAACGGGAAGCGAUUAUGCUAAAAUUAAAGAAGGGAAUAACGAUUGUAAGGUACCAGGAUGGCGUUGCCCAACAAUGCCAUCAGCGGGACAUCGGUUUGAGUUCAAACUCUAUGCAUUGGAUGAUGAAAUUGAUUUGGGGAAUAAGGUGACGAAGGAGAAGCUACUAGAGGCAAUUGAUGGGCAUGUACUUGGAGAAGCUGUUUUGGUGGCCAUAUAUUAAUUGAUCAAAACUACAUUGCGGGUGUUGCGUAUCGUUUGUUUUUGUUUAUGUAGAUGGUUGCUUUAGACCUUGUCAUCCGUCUGUCAUCAUCUUGAAAAGCGUGUAUAUGUAGUAGUACUCUUUCUACUAUAUGUAUGUUAAAGGACCACUUAAUUAAGUUUUAGUUAAAUGCUUAA